AUGAUUUGGCUAGAUACUUCGAACAUCACCUACAGCAAGUGGUCCCAAGAUCCGCCCUCGGUCUUUGCAUCGUCCUGUGGCUAUAUCCUGAAGAAUGCUAACUACCAGUGGGGAGUAACUGAGAACUGCAGCCAGGAGUUCGACUUUAUUUGUGAAUUUGAAUCAGGCCACAGCAUUGCUUGCGACAACUCCAAUGCCACCGUGCAGUGUGGAUCAGGAGAAGUCAUCCAGAUCGGAGAGAGUUUCUAUGGGCGGAAAACUCCUCACUACUGUGUCCUUGAGACGCCCUUGCAGUUUGAUGACGAAGAAGAGUGCAGUUGGAUUAGUGUGAAAGACGAAGUUGCAGGGCAAUGUCACGGGCUCCAAGCAUGCCAAGUUGCAGCGGAUGGAACCUUUUUCGGAGAGCCUUGCCCAGGUUUGGGAAGCUACCUCUCUGUCCAAUACCACUGCAUGGAAGGCUUGAGCUUGGCGGUGAAAGAGACCAUGUUUGUGUUGGAAAAUGUCACCAUCUCCUUGAAAUGGCUGCUGUCACCAUACUCUGGAAACCUCUCCUGCAUAAUUAGCACUGGAGAUGGCAACACGGUGGACCCCUACUACCCGUCAAGCUUGCAUAGCAAUGUGACCCACUGCUAUACAGUGCCAGGAGAAUUCACCGUUUUUGUGGAAUGCACGACCAGUGAGUGGCACGUGACUGCUCAAAAACUCAUCACUGUUCGAGAUAAAAUGGAUAAGGUCACGGUGACCGGGUGCUUCAGCAAAUAUGAAGUGGGGAACAGCUCUUAUUGCAGGACCCUUUAUGAGGAAACCUUAUGGAUUCAAGUAGAACUUGAUGGAGGGACUGGAGUAACCUACACUAUAUUGAGUGAUAACAAGACUGUGUUGGAGACCAGCACAAAAAUAGGAACUGCCCCUCAUAAUCUAACCUUGGACGGGGUGCCUCAACGGCUGAUGGGCCCUGGAGUACAUUCCCUUGAAAUAGUUGCCACCAGCAACACCACAGAUUCAGAGGUCAAAGAAGCCCUGAAUGUUCAUUUAGUGGAGCCGAUUUCUGGUCUCCAAGCUAUGUUAACCUCCGACUCCUUGGAAUUAGGAGAAGACCUGGAAAUCAAAGUCUCUGUACGUCGUGGUGCCCCUGAAAAAGUGAGAUUUGAAGUGACCGGGAUGAAUGAAACAUUUUCCCACCUGAAGGAUUUCGUUGAAGGAAAGUCUGAAAUUUAUACAAUCCCAAUGAAUUCUGAAGGUACUUUUCUGGUCAAAGUGUUUGUGAUGAACGCCUUCUCAAACAUGAGUGUUGAUGUUGGAAGUGUCACAGUGUCUAACAGUUCUCAUAAAAAAGAUCCUCUGAUGAAUGAAGAACAAUCCAGCACAAAUGGGAAAAGAAGACCUGAUGACAAGGGGAAAAAUAGGAUAUACAUUUCACCCAGCCGCCAUGCUGGUGUCUUUGCGACACUUAUCUUGGGUUGGCCUGAGACACACAGCAACAAUUCACUCUACACUUGGUCUUGUGGGUUCUGCUGGCCUCAGUGGGACGAAUGUGUGCAGCAACAAUCUAUCGACACUGUACAAAGAGAGAUCCGGAUACCCCCCAACUGCCUGCCUCCUCCCAGCUCUGCAGUGACAGUGAAAGUUGCGGUGAAAACCCCAGAGAAAGAGGAGAAGCAGGAUGAACAGUGUUUGUACAUCACAGCAAAACAAGAUUUGAGCCUGAGGAUCAGCUGUGAGAGGAAUUGCAAUCCUGCGAAUAUCAGUGAAGAUGUUAUACUUAAAGUCUCAAUGAGGGAAGGCAUAAAGCCUGUAUUUUACAAGUGGUAUUUAGAUCACACCUUCAAAAGAAAGCCUAAUGCGCUUCCUCCAGGAUGCAACUUAAAUGGUUUCCCACAGAGCUGGCUCACUUUUCUUCAGAACGAUACUGAAAUUCUUCUCCUGAACAGCUCCUUCUUACAGUCACAAGGCGAAGCCUUUCAGAUCAAAGCAACAGCUCUGAGUGAGAACAAAUAUGGAGAAGAAACUUACAUUGUCAGCUCGGUACCUCCUCCAGUAGCUCCAGAAUGUUCCGUAUCGCCUCCUCAAGGAUCAGUGCUCACCAGCUUCUCCAUCUCCUGCCACACUUCCUGCUUAUUGGACCAGUGUCCUCCAGUUUAUAGCUCUUCAUUCACAUAUUGCUUCUACCUGGAACCAAAGUCACUCCUUCACUGUGGACAAGAUCCAGUCCUGCCCUUGGUCUACCUUCCAUUGGGAGAAGAAGACAAUGACUUUGUUGUACAGAUUAAAAUUUCAGUGACCAAUAAUUACGGCCAUAUUGUUUAUUCAAAUGCCACCGUCAGGGUUCAACCUGAAGAUAUAAACAGUGGGAACCAAACUUUUCAGGCUAUGAUUUUGGAAAAAUCAAACAGCAUCCUAAAAGGAGAGAAUAACAGCAUGUCCCUCUUUCAGCUGUAUAAGUCAGUGUCUUCCGUUCUUAAUCAAGAAACGAAAGAAGCCACCUUUAAUUCAUCUCUGCAGACAAAUACACGGAAAGAGCUUAGAGAGCUAAUGCUGACAACCCUUUCAGGAGUCAACGUCACAUCGAUGCAGACAGCCCUCAAAAUGUCAGAAGUCCUCAAAGAAAUCACUUACAGGAGCGAAGAGCUCUCGUCUUCUGCCCAGGUGGAAGCUAGUCAUACUCUGAAGAGUGUUAGUGAAUCCUUACUAGUGGUGGACACAGAGGAUGGAGAAGAUGAUCUAAAGCGCAAGGAGGCUGCCAGCUACCUUUUCAGCGCCGUAAGCAAUGUCCUAGAAGCUACUGUGCAGAAUGAAACAGAAGAAGCCUCUGCCCUUGAGAUGGCACAGAAUUCAGUCUCGCAAGAACUCAUAACCACAGUUGAAAACCUUCAGAGUGCUCUACUUUUUGGAAAAUUGCCCGACAGUGAGCCUUUGGUGCUAACAGCUCCUUCUGCAGCUAUGUAUAUCAACAGGUUGCAGACCGAGAAUGUCAACAGCACGGCCAUUAAAAUCUCCGACUCCGGUUCUGCGGCUUUCACGCUUCCUUCUGCUUCUUCUCUCAGCAUCUCGGGAGACAGCGACGAGACCGUGGACAUCAGGAUGGUGAGCUUCUCGGUAAAUCCCUUUUCCUCAAGUGAUUCAUUUGAUAUCCACGGAACUGUUGGAGGCCUCACUCUUACCAGCCUAGAUGGAUUGGUCAUUCCAGUAUAUGAUCUUUCAGAAGAUAUUGAGAUACGGUUACCCAGAAGUCCUGCAACCCAAGAGGACAAGAAUAUAUUGAAUCUGGGAAAUUUCACAGCUGUCCAAGUCAACGUGACUACAGCAGACUCAUCUCUAGUGAUCUACCUGGAGAUGGAUCAAAAUAUUCCACUUAUCCUUUAUUUGGGAUAUGAUUAUCUUCCCAACGAGACUGAUCAUGAACUGAUGGCAUGUCUUCCUCACAACAGAAAUACCAGAGAUGAGAUAUAUUCUUGGGUGCUUCAACCAGAAGAUCUGAUCUUUGGAGAAGGGAUGUAUUAUUUUGUCGUGAGACCAGACACAGAAUUGGACUUCCUUGCUCCCAAUGAAAUGAACAUUUCCAUCACUUCCUUUGUGUCCCAGUGUGUAUUCUGGGAUGGGCAACGAAAGAGUUGGAAUAGCUAUGGAUGCCGUGUUGGUCCCAAAACAACUCCUGGGGAUACUCAAUGUCUCUGUAACCACCUGACCUACUUUGGCAGCUCUUUCUUUGUCAUGCCAAACACCAUCGAUGUCAGCAAAACUGUGGAGCUGUUCGCCACUUUUGUGGACAACCCGGUGGUGGUGACCACGGUAGGCUGCAUCUUCCUCGUCUACCUUCUGGUUCUGAUCUGGGCCCGAAGAAAAGACAUCCAAGAUGAUGCCAAAGUGAAGAUAACCCUCCUGGAAGACAACGACCCUUUUGCGCAAUAUCGUUAUCUGGUGACCGUUUUUACAGGGCAUCGCCGAGGUGCAGCUACAACUUCUAAGGUGACUCUCACCUUGUAUGGCCAGGAAGGAGAGAGUGAGCCACACCACUUGGUGGACCCCGAUACCCCAGUUUUCGAGCGAGGGGGUGCGGAUGUCUUUCUUUUGUGUACCCUUUUUCCUCUUGGGGAACUACAGAGUGUCAGACUGUGGCACGACAGUUCAGGAAGGAGCCCUGCCUGGUACGUGAACCGUCUUCUCGUCCAUGAUGUGGCCACUGAUCAGAAGUGGUAUUUUCUUUGUAACUCUUGGCUGGCCAUUGACGUCGGAGACUGUGUCCUAGAUAAAGUAUUCCCUGUGGCCACUGAACAAGACAUGAAGCAGUUCAGCAAUCUCUUUUUCAUGAAGACUUCCAAAGGCUUUCGUGAUAGCCAUAUCUGGUACUCCAUUUUCAACCGUUGUCCACGCAGCUCUUUCACACGAGCGCAGAGAGUGUCCUGUUGCUUCUCACUUCUUCUAUGCACCAUGUUGACCAGCAUCAUGUUUUGGGGGGUGCCCAAGGAUCCAGCAGACCAAAAAAUGGAUUUAGGCAAGAUAGAAUUCACCUGGCAGGAGGUGAUGAUCGGCUUUGAAAGCUCCAUCCUGAUGUUCCCCAUCAACUUGCUCAUCGUCCAAAUCUUCCGGAAUAUCCGUUCUCGGUUUAAGAAAGAGCAGAAACCAGGGAAAAGUGGACGCGUGUCCCCUGACCUGCCUUCUCUUCCCCAACAAUCCCCCCCAAAUGUGUCCCUCACUGCUGAGGCUGUGAUCAAGGAUAUUAGGAGGAUUGCCAAUUCCCUGUUCAAAACCCUGAAGGCCCCUUUGCCUUCCUCGGAUCCUGAUUUCAGUAAAUCGACUGAUAUCAACAAGCUGCUGGCCCUGGUGGAGGACAUCAUCUGCCAGCAGAACAGGGUGGGAGAGGAAUUUUACGAUGAGAGCAAAAAGAAAGAGGACCCCAUUAUCAUCACCCUCGGGCUGGUGGAUCUGCAAGGUAAGACGCCAACCCCCGAGAGAGGGAUGGUGGAAAGGCUGAAGCAUCGGGACUACAAGCGUUGCCUCCAUGCCCAGCUGCAGCACGUGGAACUUGAACUGGAGCUGUUGGGGCCUCAUCGCUUCCAGGACCCGCAAAGCUACACCCAGGCAGUUAGGCAGGUUCAGCACAUGAAGCUCUUUUUGGAAAGUCAGCUCUGCUCUGCAACGCCUGACAGUGAAAGGAAUUCACCAACGCCGAGCCUUCCUGGAGACAGCAAGAAAGAAUUGACCCCUAAAGGUUUGCCUGGGUGGUUCGUGUUUGUCGGCUGGUUCUUGGUGAUCCUUACCAGUGGAGUCUCUGGUUUUUUCACCAUGCUGUAUGGACUGCACUAUGGCAAGGAUAACUCCAUCAAGUGGCUCAUCUCCAUGGCCAUCUCUUUCUUUGAGAGCCUCUUCAUCACCCAACCAUUAAAGGUUCUUGGAUUUGCUGCUUUCUUUGCUCUGGUUCUGAAAAAGGUGGAACAGGAAGAUGAGGAGGCCACAUCUAUUGACGGUCCAUUGUCGGUCACAGGUGAUCCAACUCCUAUCUUUGGGGCGCGCAGAGAUAGUGGAAAUAACAUCUACCAGCCUCCUCCUGCGACUGACAUUGAGAAAAUGAAGAUGGACCACAUCAAGGAACAGAAAGCCUUUGCCCUGAUUCGAGAAAUAUUGGCCUACUUGGGAUUCUUAUGGAUGCUGCUCCUGGUUGCCUACGGACAGCGUGACCCAAACUCCUAUUAUCUCAACAAACAUAUUGAGAACAGUUUCACAGAAGGAUUUGAAGAGAUUUUAAGCUAUCGGGACUUCUUCAAGUGGGCAAGAACCGUCUUAAUCGGCAACCUAUACGGGCCAUAUGAAGGUUUCAUCACAGAUGGCAACUCCAAACUGGUGGGCAGUGCUCGGAUUCGUCAAGUGAGGGUCAAGGGCAACUCCUGCCCCAUUGAUCCCAGCUUAGAGUUGACGGUCAGAGAGUGUCACGCCGCCUAUUCCUUUGACACCGAGGACAUGGGAGACUAUGGCAUCAACUGGAACGGUUCUUCCUUGGACAACAGUUCCGAGUUCUAUUCAUCUUGGCAAUACCAGAGCCAGGCAAGGCUGAGAGGACACCCCAUCUGGGGCAAAGUGGCUGUUUACAGAGGGGGAGGCUACAUCGUGCACCUGGGGAUGGAUUCCACCAAUGCCUCCAGAAUUCUCCAAUACCUGUUCGAUAACACCUGGCUGGAUAGCUUUACAAGAGCUGUGUUUGUCGAGUUCACCGUCUACAAUGCCAACGUGAACCUGUUUUGCAUCAUAAGCCUGAUGUUUGAAACCAACGCCUUAGGGGCUUUUUUCCCACGGGCUGAAUUGCAAAGUAUCCGGCUUUAUCCAUACACCGAUGGGCUACAUAUCUUUGUUGUUGCAGCAGAAAUAAUUUAUUUCCUCUUCGUUAUCUACUACAUGGUGGAGCAGGUGAAAAUCCUCCGGGCUCUGAAAUGGAAUUAUUUCCACAGCAAAUGGAACCUCCUGGAGGUGGCCAUCAUCUUGAUCAGUUGGAGUGCCCUGUCUGUUUUCGUUCGGAGGAUGAUCUUGGGCUUAAGGGACAUCAGUUACUACCAGGAACAUAAGGAUGAGUUUGUGAGCUUCAAUCAAACAGCUACGGUGGAUGCAGUGCUGGGUUACCUGAUUGCGUUCCUGGUGCUUCUUUCCACCGUGAAACUUUGGCACCUGUUGAGACUCAACCCCAAGUUGAACAUGAUCACCUCUACCUUGCGAAGAGCCUGGGGGGACAUAUCAGGAUUUGCCACCGUGAUUAUCAUCAUGUUCCUAGCUUAUUCCAUCGCUACAAAUCUAAUAUAUGGCUGGAAACUGAAUUCAUACAAGACUCUGUUUGAUUCUGCUGAGACUAUGGUCAGCCUUCAGUUAGGAAUUUUCAACUAUGAAGAGGUCUUGGAUUACAAUCCUAUCUUGGGCUCCUUCUUGAUCGGUUCCUGCAUCAUCUUCAUGACAUUUGUGGUGUUGAACCUCUUCAUCUCGGUCAUCCUGGUGGCUUUUAGUGAGGAGCAGAAACAUUAUCAGGCUUCAGAAGAAGAGAUAGUGGACCUCCUGCUGAAGAAAAUGUGCAGUUUUCUUGGAAUUAAAUAUAAAAAUGACCGCGUUCCAGCUUGUGGCAAGCAGCUGCAAGCAUCUGGGAAUGACAUGUAAUGGCUCACCCAAGAUUUUGCUUCUCAUGUGGAUUUGUAGCUGGUGUGGUUCACUUGUAAAUGUUGUGAUUUCUGGGUUUGUGACAUGCUGUGGUAGAAAACGGGAGCUCAUUUUUAGGAAUCCAAAGCUUCGAUUUGAUCUGUAAUAAUUGAAUGUGUAUUUUGCUAAAGAUAUAGAAAUACUUUCUUAAGCUAGAUAGAACAGGAUUCCUUUUUGAGGUGUGCAUUGCUGUUUCCCGUCCCUAUUUCUCAGUGUGAUAUAAUAAAUGCUAAGUAUUAAAGCAUAAUUGCAGCUCAGUUAAU